CCUCAGGUUCACUCCAACAGACCUUUUCACUUAUGGAUCUGUUUUUCACCUGUACACAUCUGUUUGUUGCUAUAGAUAUGACCUCGUCUCCAGGGCAACUGAUGACUGAAGAAGAAUGAUGGGAUGUUCUGCCUCAAGUUGAAUUUUGAUUUGCUAUGAGGUUCUUUUUUUGGCACACGGUCUGUACUAAAUGAAUGAAGACAAUCGGGCAAAGACAGAAACCCAGCUGUCCUGUCUGGCUGGUAAGACCCUUGAAGAAUCAUGUGGGUUCUGGAGAAAAUCCGGAGCUCAGUGGAGAACAAUGCUCCCCGACCCGGGGAGACAGGAGACAAACAGGACAAAGCACCCAUCUACAGCAACGUUCUCACACCUGAUAAGAUACCAGACUUCUUCAUCCCUCCCAAGCUAGUGAGCUGCCCACCAGAGACUGAAACACCAGAUGUGAAGCCCAAGGACAGUCUACGGCCUUCCACCUCAGAGCAGACCAUUGGCAACAAAGUCAGCAGCCCUCGAAGUCCUCGUCUGGUCAGCAAAUUAGCCGGAGACACCAAAAACCUGCUAAGGGCUGCCAACCGGCACAUCAUUCAGAUCGAGAGUGCAGAUGAUGUUGUUACGGGGGACACCAAUGCUGACCCUCAGUCCCAGACAGCUAUGUCUUUGUCAUAUAUUCCAAAGACUCAGACCUCAUAUGGAUUUGCUACGCUAAUGGAGAGUCCCCACACUCGCCGGAAAGAGUCACUCUUUCACUGUGACCACACAAGCCCGGUCACGUCCCCCAACACCCAGCGUAAGUCACCAGCUAAGACCAGCAUAGAAGUUAGCCAUUUGAACCCUUUGGAUUUCAACACGUCCCACAUCAACCCAUAUCGCUAUUUUAGUGGGGGCGAAAGUGACACAUGCUCCUCAGCUGAAUCCUCCCCUUUCAGCUCACCCCUACUGUCUCGCUCUGCCUCCUUGCUCAAGAUUUUCACUCAUGAGACUCAGGCCAAAGUUGUCAAAGCCAAGAGGACGUUCGCCCGGCACAGUUCCCUGUCCACAGAUGAGUGCAGCUCGGCAGAGCCCAGCCCCAGCGUGCCCAGGAGGCUCCACUCUCCCGCAGCCGGCGGAUCCCUGGACCAUCAGCACGGCAAAGACAGACAGCAAAGGGAACACACAGUCAACCUCCACAAGGGAGGCAUGGUCCGCCUCUAUGCUGAUUAUGACCCAGGAACUGCACGUUUGCGUGUUCGCAUCAUUGCUGCUGAGGAUCUUUAUGACCAGACAUUUGACAUAAAGAGCAUUAACUGCUGUGUGUCACUCUACCUCAACCCAGGAAAGCAGCAAAAGCAGAGAAGCACUAUAAUCAAGAACAGCCGCAAUCCCGUCUUCAAUGAGGAUUUCUUUUUUGAUUCUGUGAGCUCAGCUCAGGUGAAAAGCCUGUCUCUGAAGAUCAAAGUGGUGAACAAGGGCACUAGUCUGAAAAGGGACAGCCUAGUAGGGGAGAGAGAGGUUCCUCUAGGGAAGCUGCUGCCUGGUCUUUAAGAUUGCAAAGACAUAAGAGGGCUUAGUGCCUUGAAAGGAGGACUAAUGUACUUUAAAGUAAAUAGUUAAUCUUGUUACUAUGUAGUAUUAGUAGCAGCUCAUUUAGCAGUGACAUAUUUAUUCAUGACUCUCACUUACGCCUUUAUAGUAUGUAUACGUACAAAUUUAUCUGGUAUGAAUAGAAAUGAUACCUUUACAGAUAUUGUGCAAAGAAACAGUCAUUUAUUUUGAAACUAAAUUUUUAGCAUUUUUAGUCUGACCAAGGAAGUGUUUUCAGUGAGAUGUGUCAUAAAUGACUGUUUUAUUACGACCAAACAAUAUAGAUUGCAUUGAAAAUGGCCAAAAAUCUCAUCGAUCUGAUUUCUUUUUCAAAAUAUUACAAACAGGAUCUUACAAUAAAUUCCAGCUAAUAAAUUCCACAAAGAUUAAGGUUUUGUGAACGGUUUUGUGAAGAAAUUGUCUGUGUUUAAAAACUUUAGACUGCCAGUGAAUAUUUUAUUGUUUUAUGCUUGUUGUGUAAAUUGAUGCAGACAGAAAAUUUCCUUCUUGAUGGCAAAAAAAAACAACAAAAAAAAACUUUUCUCUUCUACGGAGGCCAGGGCUUUUGAACACCCCAUCCCCUCCAUCCUCCGAAUGAUUCAAUGUGCAAAUGUCAGCUUUGAUCCAGGAUGCAUCAACCAGCUCAUUUGCGAGAUGAAUAAACAGCCUGGAGGACAUUACGUCACCCUGUCCGACAGUGGUGUAUUGUUAUAUGUUAACACUUAGUUUUGUAAUAGUUUUGUGAGACCCAAAAGCCUUAAUGAUGAAGGUGAAGUCUUCACCGAGUUUAUCUGGACUGUGUUAUGCUGAAUAUGUCUUUAUUAAUCUAUUCUGACUAACUCGUCAUAUCCUAUGUCCCUGCGUAGAAAAUAUAAAAUCGAAGAUUGAUUAUGUUUUUGUAAAUAUAUAUAUAUUUUUUCCUGGGCACUAAAUACAUUCUGAUGAAUUGAGAUUAUAUUGAGAAUAUAUAAUUAGUGACACCAUUAUAUAAGUCUAUAAUAUAUUAUAUAAGACUUAUAAGGUUAUAAGUCUAACCAUCAUUUUUAUUCAUAUUUUUACGCUGAAUAUCUCCUGGCGAAUUAAAUUAAAUAAUUAAUAUUUCUAUCAUUCAAGAGACAUGAUAAAAGUAAAUGAUUGGGAAAGUUGCGAUAGAAGUAUUAACCAAACUCUCAGGAAAUAGGAGUUUAAGUAUUGAUAGAAAUGAUGCAGUGUGUGGAUAAAAUAUAAAGAAUUGGUAAAAUAUGAAGACUCUAGCACAGCAUUUGUUGUGACAGCCUUCGUUAAAAUCCCUCCUCAGUAGUGUGCAAAUUAUCCCCUCGUAUUACGUCCUGAAAUGCUGCUUAAUUCACCGAGCUACAACUCCGAGUUCCGAGUUGUUUUCCUUCUCUUGUGAUCAAAAACUGUAUUACAGAUUCAUUUUUAAAAGAGUGCUGAUUUAUUUGUUUUUCGCUUUUCGUUAAUAGGUUUUGAUUAGAGAGUCGCUCUAAAACUCAAGUCUUCCUGUUCUAACAGGUUUUUUUUGAAGUGCCAAUCCAACAUACUUGAUGUGUAAAUUGUUUUAUUGUUGUAAAUGCUGGAUCCUAGUUCCUACGGUUUUUGUGUAUUGUGAACGAUUUAUGUGAAUUGAUACUGAUUUUGUGACCAAAAAAAUGAUUUUGUGACCAAAAAAAAUGUAGAUUAAGCUGUGAACUGUAGAAUGGGAAACUAGCUGUGCUUUAUAUGUGGCAUGCUGUCCACAGAUUUGCAUGAAUACUGCAACAUGCUGUUAUAUAUUGCUGAUAAGUUAUUAAUGGAAAACUGCAGGUUGUGGUAAGAAUUGUAUACUUUGGUAAAAGUAAAAAAUAAAAUAAAGUUAUAUGUGAUGAGUAAAGUAAAAGUUUAAGU